CCCAUUUUCCCUCUCUUUCUCGAGAACCAAACACAAAUCUCCCCCUUCUUCUUUAAACCCUAUCUUUCUCUCUUCUUCUCUCUAUCGCUUCGCUUCCAUUUCUCUCCGCCACACAUUCUCAAUCCCUUUCCCUAUCCCUCACCUUCAUUCCAUUCUCUUCCCUUAACCCUUCUCCCCCAUUUCCCAUUUCCCUUUCUCCUUCAUGAAUCCCCUGUUUCCCUAACCUCCUUCUCUCUGUUUUUGUUCCUCUUUCCUCCACAACCAUGGCUAUUCCUUAUUUCCCCAAAUUUAUGGGGUCUGAUAAUUCCUCCAUCCCUCUUCUCCCUCCUUCUUCCCUCCCUCUCUCUCCCCCCAUUUUCACACAAGACGAUUUCAAGAAGGCCGCCGCUUACAAGGCUGUCGAAUUCGUUCACUCCGGUAUGGUUCUCGGUCUCGGAACCGGCUCCACUGCCAAACACGCCGUCGACCGUAUCGCUGAACUUCUCCGUCUAGGCAAGCUUAAGGACAUCGUUGGAAUACCCACUUCCAAAAAAACCCACGACCAAGCCGUUUCGUUGGGUAUCCCUUUGUCCGAUCUUGAUUCGCACCCUGUCAUCGAUCUCGCUAUCGAUGGCGCCGAUGAGGUCGAUCCUCAUCUCAAUUUAGUGAAGGGUAGAGGCGGUUCUCUUCUCCGUGAGAAGAUGGUUGAAUGUGUUUGUAAAAAGUUCAUUGUCAUUGUUGAUGAAUCUAAGCUUGUGGAGUUCAUUGGCGCUAGUGGCCUUGCUAUGCCUGUUGAGGUUGUGCCCUAUUGCUGGAAAUUCACUGCCUUUCGUCUUCAGAACCUUUUCGAAGACUCCGGUUGCAUCGCGAAGCUUCGGACAGUAGGUGGAGAAGAUGGGGAGGAGCCUUAUGUCACGGAUAAUGAGAAUUACAUAGUGGAUUUGUAUUUCAAGAAAGAUAUUGGCGAUUUGAAGGUCGCCAGUGAUAGAAUCUUACGGCUAGCCGGAGUUGUUGAACACGGUAUGUUUCUUGAUAUGGCUACGACAGUUAUUAUUGCAGGAGAGUCAGGGAUGACAAUAAAGAAUAAGGAAAUAGAGCAAUAACCCACUAAUGGGAUGAGCGUAGAUUCAAUCUAGAUGUUAUAAAAUUUUGAUUCUGGAGAAGUUUAGAGAUGAAGAAGAAGGAGUUUGGUUUCAUAGAAUCGAACCCUUUGAUUAUAUAAACACGAAAAAGAAAGUGAGAAUCAAAGAGGGUUACUGUGGUUGUGAUUGUGACUGUCUUUGAUUUUACAAUAUGUUUAGUUUAGAUAGUUAGUUUGUGGUGGGUUAUUUAAUAUAGAAAGGAUGAGGGGCAGUCCAAUUCAAUCCAAUGUUUGAAGAUUGUCAUGUCAUAUUAGAUUUCAAAUAGUAAUAACUAAUAACUUAUAAAAAUCAGCCCCAUUAUUCUUUGCA